AUGGGAUCAAAGUUGGAGGAGAUGUUGGAACUGGAACCAGUCCCUGGUGCCGGCAAGGUGAGCUCCAAAUACCAAUCUGACACACUUGAAGGAGGGUAUUCGCUAAUGGAAGAGGGAAUCCCUAUUAGGAUACGUUCACGAACAAGCGAGAACUUUGGCAUCCCCCGGGAGGCCGAGGAAUUUAUGGCGGGUAAGGGUUAUUUCACGCAAUGUCUUGGAGCUGCACAGAAGACUGUCCCGGGCGGAUUUUCAGUCCACUCCAUGACCUGCUACUUCCUGUUGGCCGGCGAUAACCAGAUACCCCUGGAGUACUCUGUGCAGCGUGUACGUGACGGGAAAUCUUUCGUCACGCGGACGGUAGUGGCAAACCAAAACGGCAACAGCAUAUGCACAAGCACCUUGUCGUUCACCCGACAUGGCUCAGGAGGGGAAGAACCCUUGCGCCAUGCUUCUACUGCCCCUUCAGGAAUUAUUUCACCUCCUGACAUCAAUGUGGAUGCAAUGUGUAUUUCCUUGGGGGCCCCUCAGACCAGCCCUGUUGGCAUCGAGGGGAAAGAGGGGAGUCCUGAACAGAAACGUAUCCGCUCCUGGAUACGCGCUCCGGCUAAAGUCUUGAACGCCGGUUCUCAAAACGAAGUUCAUCAAAUGAUUCUGGGCUUUCUUUCUGAUUGGAUAUUUCUGCCCGGAGUUCCGCUCGUGCAUGGCUUGUGGAAAUUCCCGGAUGCUAUUCUCUCGAACAUCAUUUCAUCGCCAUUGGAUGGCAGUGAUAUUGGAAUGAUGGCCACCUUGAGCCAUACCAUAAUUGUCCACGAGCCAUUCCUCAUUCGAGCCGAUGAAUGGAUGCUCUUUGAGAUUGAGACUCCUUGGUCAGGAGAAGGCAGGGGGUUAGUUAAUGGCAAGAUAUAUGCCAGAGAUGGGACUUUGUUGGCGACCUGUUUCCAAGAGGUAUUUUUCGCCGUGUUUCUUCAAGAUAUUAACAACUUCUAA